GAGAGCUGAUUGCAACAGGUUGGAAUGAGGCCCUGAGUCAGGAAAACAAGCCCUGACCAGUAUGAUUUCCUACUGCCUGUGUUGUUUCUCAAAAAAGUUUUUUUUGGCUUGCUCUCCCUCGUUUUGUUGGACUGGGUUACAGGCUCGGGUCCCAUCGAGGAAAAGACUGGCACCAUCUUCACAAAAAUGCUGGAUCGUGUUUGGUUCCCAAACUGCUCCAUCAGCCCCGCUGAUCAAAGAAGAGAGCUGUCAAGGGCACGCUAGGGACGGCAGAGCCGGGGAAGUGACGGAGGGACGCGGUUCCCGGCCGAGGCCUGCAGCUCGGGCUCCUGCCAGGGCGGCUCGGCCCUCCCGGCGUGCAGCCUCCGCGUCCAGACUUGUGCCGCAGCUCCUGGGACACCCGCUCGGCCUUCUCCUCCGCAGACCUCGCUGCCUUUGUCGGGCAGCCGGGUUCACGCCAGAAAAACCCCAUGGCCGGCCGUGCGGUUCACGCCAGAAAAACCCCACGGCCGGCCGUGCCUUUUCACUGGUAAUGAUCAAAGUGGAGGCCGUCGGGGGUGGAGGCAAGCACCCUUUCAGGAACUCUGCGUGCUUCAAAUUCAGAUUCAAAACAGCACUCGGGACUCUCCCGUCCCCGAGUUUUCGGAAACAGGGGCGCCUUCCCGGGGUGGCAGGUGAGGUCACGUGGCCGCCUUCCCAGCGGCCCUCGCCCCUCCCGUCUGGGGAAUCUGGUUACCUGGAAGGUCGGGCCACUUCUCCCAGUCUGGGUAGAGGCCGGAGGGACUGGGUGCGGGGGCCUGGAGAAACCAGAACCCUAGGAGGAGGGAAACAGGUUUCCUUUUUGGGGGGCACCCUGCUGCAGGUGCAUGUGGCUGGGAGGAAGAAAAAUGCCAGUUACCUUUGUUCGUCUUGA